AUGAAUAUCUAUCUAUCUAUCUAUCUAUCUAUCUAUCUAUCUAUAUACCAGAUUCCAGGUGUCCGUAUUAUUCACUAUACCUACAAUAAUUCUUUUUUCUUCUUUCUGUUUUUGUUUUCGAAUGGCCCUCCCCCACAACGACACACACCAGUCUUUUACCUCCGGUGCAUCCCGGCUUUUUCAGUCUCGUUUGACUCAACAAUAGCCUCGAAGAAUACGCCUUUUCCUCUGGGACACCUUUCGUCAUCUCCUCUUACCAGAGGGGGUCGAGUUUCUAAUUUAUUCGUUCAUUUCUCUUUUCUUGUGUGUGUGUGUGUGUGUUUUUCUCUUUUUCGUUCACUUCUUUCUUUUUCUUUCUUUUUCUUCUUUUAUUCUUUCAUUAUUUUCUUUCAUUUUUUCAUUCUUUCUUUUUCUUUCUUUUAUUACUUUCUUUCUUUUCUUCAUGCUUUCUUACUUUCUUUUUGUCCUGUCUUCUAUAUUGAUUUUUCCUUCUGUUUUUUUUCCAUUUUUUUCCUUACUUUAUAUUUUCCUUUUUAA